GUUCUGGUUCUCCCGGUCUUAUCACUGACUAGAAAUUUGUUGCCAAGCAUUGCAUCAUUCCUUUCAUGUGACUCCCAAACGCCCCAAAUUCGUCCUGGCCGUCUUAUGACUGCAUCACAUCUUCAGGUCACAUAAACUACGACGGAGACAACUAGCAAUGGCAUUUUAAGGCCCGCCUUUACCGUAGAAGAUAAUUACGCAUUGGAUGUCACCAAGCAAAAUAUUUUAGCGCGUAGAUUAUGAUUGGACCAUCUGGAUGUCAGUAAUUUCAUCGUCAGCUAAUGGUAGGWUAGGUUGUGUAAAAAACAAUAUCUCCACAUUAAGUUCGGUUGGCUCACCUUAUAUAAACACCACCGGGAGUUUCCAAAAAUCACAUUCACUAUACUAAGCCGAACAAUGGUUAACAUGAGCUAUCACCAAUCUCAACUAAAAUAUAUACAUACUCCGAACCCAAGACAGUCAAGAAAGCGAAAUAAUAAAAGAAAAAGGACUUGUUGGGACAAAUUAUCACCAACAACCAAUUGCCAGACUUGAUUAUAAGAGACUUUCAAAAGUCCAGGUCCAGUGUGUACCAGCGUGUGGCUGUGAAAGACUAUCUGUGCGACUGAGUGACAGAGAUGACUACCGAGUGGCUUCACCUGCCCCCUCCGUACCCCCCUGGUGUGGGGCCGCUGUGUGGUGCAGAGUUGGAGGCGUGGUAUGAGGACCUGCAGGAUAUACUGGGAUCAGACACGGGUGGGGCCAAGCUGACUCGCGCCCCUCCCUGCUCAGAGAAAGAGACAGAGUUCCUAGAUGUCCUGGAGAGCUGUUCCCUGACAUGGCUGACGGACGGGGUGGSGGUGGGGGUUGGAGGMCAGGCGUGGUGCGGAGGAGAGGGUGUCCAGAGGGUCACAAUUCCGGAGGAGCCUCCUACCCAUCCGCCCCACUCCUCCACCGCCUUGUGUCUGAAUCCAGCUGUGGAGAGGACGGAGAGGCCUGGGGACAGAGAGGGAGGGAGAGAUGGAGAGGGAGGUUCGGGAGGAGGGGACCUGUUACCCCCAGAGUUCUUUGAGCUGCUGAGUGAGGGAGGGUUGGGCAUGGUGGACGGUAGCUACCAUCAUCAUCACUCCAACAACGUCCAACAGCCUGCGUCUCAGCCUGCGUCUCCCUCCACUAGCGAGGAGGAUGAACACCCAUGUGUCCCCGACUCACCCUCCUGCUCCUCCUCCGCCGCCUCUCCUUCCCCCUCUCUCAACUGCUCUCCUCCUUCCUCUCCUGUCUCCUCUCUUACUAGCACCGCUUUCUCAAUGUCUCGGCUGGGCAAACGCAAGAGAGGCAACUCUCUGUCCUUCCCUUCCGCCGGUUCGCGCUCAUCCUCCUCUUCCUCUUCUGCGAAGAAGAGCAGGAGAGAGAGGGAGCAGGAGAACGAGAGGAAGGUGCAGGAGCUGACGGAUCAGAACGAGAGGUUAAAAGCGGAGAUAGACAGACUGGGAGAGGAGGUGCAGAGGACACGCAGAGCCCUGAUAGAGAGACUAGUUAACACCAAAAAGUGAAGGAAGAAAAGCAAAGAGGAGAGAGGGAUGAGAGGUAGCGGGAUGACAGAAGUAACACAAGGCAGAACGUAAACAUUUGGAAUAGCAGGUUGGCGGUGAAGGGUGAACAUUGGGGUGACCAUGAAAUGCAUUUCUAGAUGAGAGUUAGAAAGCAACCAAAAGACACGUACGUGUUUCGAGAAGAAAGUUAAAUGAUAAUUUUCUUCAAAACUAUGAGAGAGAGAGAGAGAGAGAGAAAGAA